CCAAACUCCCUGACCACUGACCACUACAGCCCCAACCUGACUGAUCACUACAGCCCCAACCUUACUGAUCACUGACCACCACAGCCCCAACCUGACUGACCACCACAGCCCCAACCUGACUGACCACCACAACCCCAACCUGACUGACCACCACAGCCCCAACCUGACUGACCAUCACACCCACAACUUCCCUGACCAUCACAGCUCCAAUGUUCCUGACCACUGAUCAUUAAAGCCUCAACCUGACUGACCUCUGCACACCACAGCCCCAACCUGACUGACCACCACAGCUCCAAACUCCCUGACCACUACAGCUCCAAACUCCCUGACCACUGACCAUCACAGCCCCAACCUGACUGGCCAUCAAACCCCCAACCUCCCUGACCACUGACUAUACCAGCUCCAACCUUCCUGACCACUGACCAUCACAGCUCCAACCUUCCUGACCACUGGCCAUCACAGCUCCAACCUUCCUGACCACUGGCCAUCACAGCUCCAACCUUCCUGACCACUGACCAUCACAGCCCCAACCUGACUGGCCAUCAAACCCCCAACCUUCCUGACCACUGACUAUACCAGCUCCUACCUUCCUGACCACUGCACACCACAGCUCCAACCUGACUGACCACCACAGCUCCAACCUUCCUGACCACUGACCAUCAAAGCCUCAACCUGACUGAUCACUGACCACCACAGCCACAACCUCCCUGACCACUGACCAUCACCCCCCAACCUCCCUGACCACCACAGCUCCAAACUCCCUGACCACUGACCAUCACACCCACAACCUCCCUGACCAUCACAUCCCCAACCUGACUGAUCACUGGCCACCACAGCUCCAACCUCCCUGACCAUCACAGCCCCAACCUGACUGACCACUGCACACUACAGCCCCAACACCCCCUAACCAUCACAGCUCCAACCGCCCUGACCACUGACCAUCAAAUCCCCAACCUGACUGACCUCUGACCAUCACAGCCCCAACCUGACUGACCUCUGACCAUCACAGCCCCAACCUGACUGACCUCUGACCAUCACAGCCCCAACCUGACCGAUUGCUGCACAUCACAGCCCCAGCAAAGUAACAAAGUAUCAAUAACUUCCUAAAUGAUAACAAACUUUGCACACACCUAGAAGUCCUCCUUCUUGUAUAUAGUCCAUAGAUGACCCACUGCACACUCAGGACAGACCCCCGGACCACUACUGGAGCACAAUCCUCCUACAGGGACCGCCAUAGGAAUUCCUGGACUACUUCAGGGGCAGGACCCCCCCUCCAGGGACAUCCAUCAGAUUUCAGGAUGACCUUCCUGAUGCUUCUCCUCUGCACUCAUCUGCAAGCUGUGACCUCUCUUCUCGCAGAUCUCCCUCUCAGCUUUUCUCGGGAUUCUGACAUUGUCCAUCCUGUCCGGGUGGAUGAACAUGGCUCCUUCCUGACCUUUGACCUAAUUCCCCGCACCCUGCAGAAGAGGGGCGCGUCUUCCGGCUCGGUGCCCACCACUUAUUACGAGAUCAGAUACCAAGGAGUGGAGCUGACCUUCAACCUCAGCCAGAACCACCAGCUUUUGGCUCCCGGCUAUGUGAGCGAAUGGCGCAGUGGAGGCCUCAACGAGACAAGGGUCUUCAGCCGACCGUCUGGCUCAUGCCACAUGCUGGGGGCGGUUCAGGCUCACCACCAGCUUGUGGGCAAUGCCGCUAUUAGUAUCUGCAGUGGACUGAGAGGCGUCUUCCAGCUGGAUCACGAAGAUUUCAUCAUAGAGCCGGUGACAACAACAGCGCCACCAUCAGGGGAAGCCAUGCCUCAUCGGAUCUACAGGCGACAUUUGGCUGAAGGGCAGCAACCAGGGUACAGGAGCUGCGGUGUGAGGGAGAAUCCAGACUCGUACGAUAAAUGGGAAAAAAGAAGGGAACGCUGGGAGCAAUCAGAAAAACAACACAGAGGAGAGCGCCCAAAAUCCCGCCGUUCCAUCAGCAAAGAAAAAUGGGUGGAGACUUUGGUGGUUGCCGAUCCCAAGAUGGUGGAAUAUCAUGGAAGUGACGACGUGGAAAACUACGUGUUGACUGUCAUGAACAUGGUUGCUGGGCUCUUCCACGACGCAAGCAUUGGAAACCGGAUAAACAUUGUUAUUGUGCGCCUGAUCCUGCUAGAGAAUGAAGAGGAGGAGUUGAAGAUCACUCAUCACGCCGACAACUCUCUGCGAAGCUUCUGCAAAUGGCAGAAGAACAUCAACAUGAAGAGCGAAGAUCACCCGUUACACCACGACGUGGCUGUUCUACUUACCAGAAGAGACAUCUGCGCCUCUAUGAAUCGCCCAUGUGAAACGCUCGGUCUUUCCCACGUCUCUGGCAUGUGCCAAGCACACCGAAGCUGCAACAUUAAUGAAGACACAGGUCUGCCCUCAGCAUUCACCGUCACUCAUGAACUGGGACACAGUUUUGGUGUUCAGCAUGACGGCAACGGCAAUGACUGCGAGCCGAGAGGGAAGAGACCGCAUAUCAUGUCCCCGCAGCUCCUCUAUGACACCUCUCCACUGACCUGGUCCCGCUGCAGCAGAGACUACAUCACUCGCUUCUUGGACCGAGGUUGGGGGCUUUGCUUGGAUGACCACCCCAGUAAGGAGUUACUUAAUUUCCCUGCUGUUCCUCCGGGAGUUCUGUAUGAUGUUGGACAUCAAUGCCGCCUUCAGUAUGGAUCAGCUUCCACCUUUUGCCAGGACAUUGAUAACGUCUGUAACUCGCUGUGGUGCUCUGUUGGUACCACGUGUCAUUCCAAGCUUGAUGCGGCGGUGGAUGGAACCACUUGCGGUGAAAACAAGUGGUGUUUUGGUGGUGACUGUGUGCCUGUCGGUCAUCGUCCCGCGGCGGUGGAUGGGUUUUGGGGUUCCUGGAGCUCGUGGUCUUCAUGUACUCGUACCUGCGGAGCCGGAAUUCAGAGCGCGGAGCGGCACUGCAGCAACCCAACUCCUAGAUACGGAGGAAGAUAUUGCCUAGGGGAGAGGAAGAGGUACCGCGUGUGUAACGUCACCCCUUGUCUGCCGGGCGUUCCUUCAUUCCGACAAGCGCAGUGCUCUCAGUUUGAUUCCAUUCCUUACAAAGGGAAGCUUCAUGAAUGGAGCCCGGUGUUCCUCGGCAUUAAUCCAUGCGAGCUUCACUGCCAGUCAAACACGGAUUACUUUGCAGAGAAGCUGCGGGACGCCGUGAUCGAUGGGACCCCAUGUUUUAAGGGAAACACAAGCCGAGAUAUGUGCAUCAAUGGAAUAUGUAAGAACAUUGGCUGUGACUACGAGAUUGACUCCAAUGCUGUGGAGGAUCGCUGUGGUGUCUGUCUUGGUGACUCUUCUACGUGUCACACUGUUCACAAGACGUUUGACGACAGCGAAGGACUUGGCUAUGUGGACAUCGGUCUCAUUCCGCCGGGCGCUCGCGAGAUUCGGAUUGAGGAAGUGGCGGAGGCCGGAAACUUUUUAGCUCUCCGCAGUGAAGACCCGGAGAAGUAUUUCUUGAAUGGCAGGUGGACCAUUCAGUGGAAUGGGGACUACCAAGCGGCGGGCACAACGUUCACCUACACCCGCACGGGGAAUUUGGAGAACCUGACCGCCCCUGGACCGACCCACGAGCCGGUGUGGAUACAGCUUCUGUUCCAGGAGAAGAAUCCCGGAGUGCGCUACCAGUAUACGGUGAGAAGAGACCUGGACGACAGCAAUGAGGUCCAGCCGCCGGAGUUCUCCUGGAGAUAUGGAGCGUGGUCGGAGUGCUCGGCCACGUGUGGCACAGGGGUGCAGAGGCAGCUGGUCCAUUGCGUGGAGAAGGUGGCUGGUCUUGUGGAGGAAAGAUAUUGCGACUCGCUAAUACGGCCUGAUGACCGACAACGGAGCUGCAACGAGGAGCCAUGCCCUCCAAGGUGGUGGGUCGGAGAAUGGCAGCAGUGCUCCAUCACGUGCGGCUCUGGUGGAGUGCAGAAGAGAACCGUCCUGUGUAUUCAGCGCGUAGGACUCGAUGAGCAGCGCGCUCUGCAACCCUCCGAUUGUCAGCACCUCCCCAAACCCGAAUCCGGAAUUCCCUGCAAUCAUCGGGAGCCGUGCCCUGCCCUCUGGCACCACGGCAACUGGAGCCAGUGCUCUGUAUCCUGCGGAGAAGGUUUCCAGCAUCGAGAUGUGUAUUGCGAUAAUGCCCUGGAAGGAGGUUCCUGUGAUCCUUCAGAACAUCCGAAUUCCAAGCAAGUAUGUGCCAUGCCGGCCUGUAUUCCAGACUUCAGGAUAUUUGACUGGACAGGAAGCGGAGGAUCGAGCAAAGAAAUCGUCAAUGAAAUCUUUCCCGGCCAUCCAAGAGCCUCCCCCGGGAAAAAGCAUUCCCUGGAAGACAAUUCCAUCUCAGAAGGAGACUUCACCAGUGCCGGAGAUGGUCAAGGCAAAGUAGGAAAAGCUUACGUUGAUGAUUUUUAUUAUGAUUACAACUUUAUUAAUUUUCAUGAGGAUUUGACAUAUGACCCCAUAGAAGAUAUUAAUAUCAAAGAAGAUGAAGAUGUAGAUCAGGAAUACAUUCCAGUCCAUACCCCUAGCAUGGGAAAAGGCAAUACUGAGAUCCUUUCUACAGGAAGCCCACAUUAUCGAUUGACCACUACUGGUCCCUUGCAGGCCUCCUUGAGUCCCAGCGGUCCACAGGAGGAUCAGAAUGAUAUAUUAAUGGAGUCAGCUGUAACUAUGAGAAAAUACGAUCAUGACGGACAACCUACCCCCAUAUCAAACAUCCAGGAAGGAGAAAGUGAAGAAUACUUAACACCAACUACCACCCACCCUGAUGAAGUCACUGUUUUGGUUUCCACUUCAUCAGAGGUCUUUCCAACAAUUCCUGUACAUUCAUCUGGACCUCUACCCUUUACUCAACACGCUGUCCCAGAACUGACAACAUCAUUGCCAUCAACGCAUUCUUCUUCUCAGUAUUCAGUGACAAAAAACACACAAGGUUCAACCUCCUCUUCAUCUUCUUCAGAGCUAGAAACAAGGUAUAAAGAUUUCCAAAAUCCAGCUCUUGAUAUCUCAUCAGAUCUGGGACAUGGUCUACAACCUGGGCCAGAGCAAACCACACAUCAAACUCCUUCAAGCCGCACAUUUAUACCUCAAACAGAAAAGAAUGGUUUACAAGACAAUUCCUCUCAAGAUAUUUUACCGAGUGUGCCUAAAGAUUCUUCAGACGUUUUGUCACGGAGUCCCCCUUCACCGUCUUCCACAGAUUCAGCAGAAACGAUCUCUCUUGUAAGGACUACCCUGCAUACAAGACCCGAUGGUAGGACCUCCAGCAAGCCCGAGGUGCCACCAUCCCCAUCUAUACUUCCGUUCCUGACUACGGUCACCAUGCACAUUCCCGACUCUAAUAACGGAGAAAGCACAUAUCCUCAUCUAAGUGAAGACAGAACCAAAGGUUUAAAUACAACCUAUAGUAAUCAGUCCACCUCAUCGCCUAUGGGAGAUGACCUACGGAGGAGUCAUUGGAGGGUCGGAAACUGGACUGAGUGUUCCACCUCCUGCGGUCUCGGUGCGAUGUGGCGCACAGUUGUGUGCACGGCGGAAGGUAAUAACACAUGCGACGCCAGCGCUAAACCAGCUCCCGCACGCCGCUGCUAUCUGAGGCCUUGUGCAUCCUGGACAGUGGGAAACUGGAGCAAGUGUUCCCGGAAUUGUGGGAAUGGAGUCCGGAUCAGAGACGUUCAGUGUGUGGACACUCGGGACAAGAGGAUCCUGAGACCCUUCCACUGCCAGAGUACCGUCUACAAGCCGCGGGUACAGAUGGCCUGCCAAGAGCAGAAAUGUAUGGAGUGGUAUAUUUCCUCCUGGAGAGAGUGCUCGGAGGAGUGCGGCGGUGGAAUGCAGCAGAGGUUGGUCACCUGCCCUCAGACCGGUCGCUGCGAUGAAAGUCUGAAACCCAACGGCAGCCGCCCCUGUAAUGAACAUCCAUGCACUACGUGGGCUGUGGGGCCCUGGGGCCAGUGCACAGCUUCCUGCGGAGGCGGAGUCCAGCGCCGCCAGGUGAAGUGCGUGAACAAGAGAACGGGGGCGGCCGAGGAAGAUAAUAAUCUGUGUGACCACGAGCCGUGGCCGGAGAACGUCCAGAAGUGUAACCCUCAGGACUGCCAGCAGAACAACACCGCCACGUGCACCCGUGACCGCCUCACCUUCAGCUUCUGCCGUACUCUGAGGAUCCUUGGUCGUUGUUCGCUGGCCACAGUCCAAGCCCAGUGCUGCCAGACCUGCCACACUCAUUCCCAGAGUUCACGUGAGGUCACCAACCAGCGGUUAUCCCGGAGGUGAGGAUGGCCGCUGCGUCUGUAGUCUCAGGGACAAGAACUGUGCAGUGGACAUGUCUGCCAAGACUGGAUAUAAAGAACAGUUUCGCCUUACAGUCACCCCUGCUGAAAUGGUCCAAAGAUCCGUCCCUGCAUCUUCUGGCUUACAAUUGAAGUCAUCAACCUUCCGCAAGACAAUGGAAAUGGAGAAGAAACAGGAUCCUGCGUGUUAUGAACUUCCCUAGGGCUACCACUUUUCCCAUAACCCAUCCAGUAUCCUGCGUGGAAUGGACUCCCUUAGGCUACCACUUUUCCCAUAAGCCGUCCAGGUUCCUGUGUAAAAAUAUACUCUCUUAGGCUACCACUUUACCAUAACCCAUCCAGGUCCUGUGU